UUUUUUUUGUCACAGAUCCAAGGAUUGUGUCUCCAAGUAUCACCUUAUACCCUGUAUGGGAAGAUGAAUUUGAAGUCUCACAAGUCCGACUUAUCUGCACACUAAGCAGCUACUUUCCUAAAGCUUUGACUGUGAUUUGGUACCAGAACAACCAACCUCUGACACAUCCUAAGCCCACUGAAAGGAUUCUACAGAGUGUGGAGGGAGUAGAGAGAACCUACACUCUAACCACAGAGAUUGUUCCAAAUAUGAGACAGUGGGCAAAAGGCUCAAAUUUUACAUGCAGUUCCAUUCACAGCGACAAAAGAUUUGAAAAAACAACAAGUAUUUGUCAUAUUCACGGAGAAAACCCUCCCUCACUUGAUGUGGUGAUUCCCAGUUUCAAAACAGUAACAAAAGCAAGGUCUAAUGUACAGGCAACAUGCUCCAUGUGCAGUGUGUUCGAUGUUAAGUUGUCCUGGUUGAUGGAUGAGAAGUCUCCAUCCAUUCACACUGUGACGCAGAUAAAAAACAAAACGUGUUUGAUCAGUACCCUCCAGAUUCCACGAGAAACCUGGAAAAAACUCAAGGUUCUAAAAUGUAAAGCUCAACAUGACUGCUUCUCAUCUACCGAGAAAGCAGUAAACGUUGCAGGACGUCCAACUCCAGCUCCACAGGUGGAAAUCAGGAGAUCUCUUGAAGAACUGCUGAGGGGAAGCAGCUCUGUCCUCCAGUGUGACAUCACACAUCUCUCCUCAGAGGACCUCUAUGUCACAUUUCAAGCCAAAGGAGUUGAUAUUUCUGAGAAACAGUAUGUAGAUCUUCCUGAAGACUCAGGCCUUCAUUCAGUCAGCAGAAGCUUCUCCGUGCCUAAGCGCUACCGGACCAGUGACUCCAGUUUCACCUGCAAAGUGUACCAAGGCUUCUCCGGAAGGCUCUUUCAGUCUAAUUCCAUUAGCAAUAUUUUUGUGGAGCCCUCAGUGGAACUUCUUUUGGCCCAAAGUGAAGAGUCAGACCAUCAGAAACUCCUGUGCUCAGGAUGGGGCUUCAACCCUCAAAUCAAAUGGUUUACUGGAUCAGAGGAAAUAUUGUCAUCAACAAACCAAACCAGCAUGGAUACAAAUGGACGUGUGACUGUGACCAGUCAACUGCACGUUCUGAACUCAGAGUGGAAAACAGGGAAGACCUACAGCUGUAAAGUGUCUGACGGCUCUCUGCAGAAGCAUUUCACAAAGAACAUCAGUGUCUGCUCAGUGACUCCUGUAUCGUCUCAGAUGGUUGGUGUCUUUGUUCUGGGACCACCACUGGAGCAGCUGCAGAACAAAGGACAGGUGACCAUCACAUGUCUUCUUGUCGGCACCAGUCUUAGUGAUUUCUCCAUCACUUGGAAAGUAGAUGGCAAGAAGUAUUCAUCCCAUAAUGCACGUAUGGGUCACCUUGUGGCUCAUCCUAAUGGAACAGAGACUUGCCAAAGCUUCUUAAAUGUCUCAGCUGAGGACUGGCAUGCAUAUAAACAAGUGACUUGUGAGGGAAAGCAUCAAUGUUCCAACCAGGGUUAUGUGGACCAUGUCAGCAAAAGCAAAGACCUGAAUCCACCAACACUGAAGAUAGUGCACCCAACAGUUGAUGAGCUGUCCAUGUCUGAACACCUCAUGCUUAUUUGUUUAGUUUCUGGAUUUUUCCCAUCCAGCAUCAUUGUAUAUUGGGAAAAGAAUGGACAGAAACUCCCACCUUCCCGUUUCAUUAAUAGUCCUGCAUGGAAAUACCCAGGGAAAAGCUCCUAUUCGAUAAGAAGCAGACUGAAUGUUUCCAAAACUGGGGACAGAGGAUCGACUUAUACUUGCGUUGCUAAACAUGAAUCAACUGUUAAUCAAAGUGAAACCAGUAUAAGUGAUGUGUUUGCCCCUGUGACAUACAGUGAACCUUCAGCCGUCUUGCUCACGGGCUCUGGUGAACUUGUGUGCCUCGUCUCUGGCUUCAGUCCUGCAUCCAUCAGCAUCACUUGGUUUCGUGAGAAAACACAGUUAUGGAACUACAACACCAGCAAACCCCACAGAGGCCCUGAUGGAAAGUUCAGCAUCUAUAGUAUCCUUCAUCUGUCCCUAGAGGACUUUGUUCCAGGGGUGGCUGUUAUGUGCAAAGUGACACAUGAAAAUACCAGCCUGACCCUGAAUAUAUCUAAUCCAGACACACUGGAGCUCUACCAGUUCAGUGAUGAUAUCAUGCAUGCAGAUGUGAGCCAUGACACAGAUGUGCAGUCUUGGUACAUGGUGUUGAUGUUCCUAAUUCUUUUCUUUUUCUCCGUCAUCUUUUCUCUCAUUACCAUAAUUGUUAAGACUAAAUGAUCCAUCCUUUUGCUAUAUUGCUUUUUCCGAGUACGGUCAUGGGGGUUGGAGGCUAAUUAUUUCAUGCCAUCGGGUGAGAGGGAGAGUACACCCUGGAAGGGUUGCUGGUUCACAGAUGAACAACAAUACACACUCCUGAGAUUUCAGGAACCUUCUUGCUAAGAGGCAACAGUGCAAAACACCACACCACCAUGCAGCUCUGUGAUACUUUCCAAUUUCUAUAGUCUUCUUAGAAUGUUGCAUUGUUGGCAUAUUUUAAUUAUGUUAAACUGUAAUCAAUUGAUAAUAAUCUUUAAACGUGUGUGUGUGCUUUUAGUUGUAAAAUUUGAGGGAAACCAGUGCAUACUAUAGCCAUUUCUUUUCAGUUUUACUCCUUUCACAUAUGUAUAUGGCAUGGCUUGCUGGAAUUUGAGUAUAUGAAUAAAAAA